CUUGAUUGGCCGUCUUGGUCGAAAUCCUCUUGAAUGAUUUCAAACCCGAGUGUUUGGACAAGAAGGAGGGGGGUCCUCUGCUAAUUCCGAGCUGGCUCUGUGGAAAGGCUUGAAACCUCCGUCCACCAACACAGCAGCCCAGUAAAGAGGCUUAUCCGUUGUUGACGGAAAAACGCGUUUAGGAGAGCACCGCCGGUAAAAAGUGAGCUAUUAGAGGUGUCGUGUUUUUGCUUAUUUUUUUACCUUUUUGCUUAAAUUAUAGUUCAUCUAAGAGUUAAAUUUGAAUUUCUUGCGCUUCAUGUUUACUAUCGUUUGAAUGGAGCGAUGUCCAGAGGAGACGGUGCACAUUGCGAUGGGACGCGGUGUGUUUUGCUGACGGGACUCGGCGCUGUGGACCUGGUUGAAAAUCACUGGUAAUCGAUUUAAAAUAACGUGUUUCCGUUAUUGACGGAAUGUGAGUACCAGUUGUUGUUUCAUAAAUAUAAGAAAGGAUUUUCCUUUAAAAGAUUAGCCUAGUGAGGGCAUUCAGUUCAUGCACGGGUUGCCAUAGCAUCACAUUAAUAUUUUCUUUUUCAUUAUCGGCCUGUUGAAGACGAGGGCAUAACGAUAGUAUACUUUCAUAUUUUUGGACAAUGUAUUCAUAUUUUAACACAAUUCCGCAACUGAGGCUUGGUUAAAUUAGUUUUGACAGUUAAUUUCAAGCCACCGUUUACACCAACUGAGACUAACAGCCAAGACAGUCAUGGCUAAAAAUCCGUCCGAGGGACCGAAGGAUGAACUGAGCCAGCUGACGGACGAUGAGAUGCUGCGGUUGAGCAAAGAGGAGCUGGUCCGGAGAUUAAGGAGGGUUGACGGCGAGAAAAUGAACUUGAUGAUUGAGCAUGGCAACAUGAUGAAAGACAUCAACCGGCGGCUGCAGGUGCACCUGCACGAAAUCCGGAGCCUGAAGGAGAUCAACCAGAAGCUGCAGGACGACAACCAUGAGCUGAGGGAGCUCUGCUGCUUCCUGGACGACGACCGACAGAAGGGCAAGAAGCUGUCCCGGGAGUGGCAGCGCUUCGGCCGCUACACUGCCAGUGCCAUGUGGAAGGAAGUGGGCACCUAUAUGAUGAAGCUGAAGGAGCUGGAGGCCAACCAGGACACCGUGUUGAGGGAGAACUCUGAGCUGAAGGAGAUCAUCCUCAUGCUGGAUGAGGAGAGGAACGGAGCCGGCUCCAGGAGCUCCAUAGACAGUCAGUCCAGUUUAACCAACCUGAAUGGUGGCACCAGCACGGUCAGGGAUGUUGGAGAUGGGAGUAGCACGUCCAGCACAGGAAGUGCUGGGAGCCCCGAUCACCACAAUCACAACAACAACCACAUACACAAGCCCGCCUCAGAGAACAGUAAGAUUGGCACCACCAUGAGGAGGUCCAUGGAUGACCUGUCAGCACCACACCAUCACAGGAGCAUCCCCAAUGGACUUAAUGAUUCCUCCUCCAACUACAUCAGGCAGCUGGAGACUAAAGUGCGGAUCCUGGAGGACGACAACAAUAAGCUUCUCUCGCAGGCUUAUAGCCGGUAUAGUUUAUCACAGAUACAGACGAAAAAGCAGUGUAACCCAGGUGACCUUCGUGCCCUGAGGAAGGGAAUGACCCUCUACCACUCAGAGUCCCAGCUGUCCUCACUGCCCCAACGCCAGGACGCCAUGCACAUGGGUACUGGCCGUCUCCCAACCAGCGAGUCCUCUCCUGCCACAGGCUACUUGUCCUGCGUCCAGAAGCCCGAGGCCGUGGUGCAUGCCAUGAAGGUGCUGGAGGUCCACGAGAACUUGGACAAGCAGGUUCCUGAGGACUACGAGGACGACCUCAGUGAGAAAGAGAAGGCCAUUGUGCGAGAGAUGUGCAACGUGGUGUGGAGAAAGCUGGGUGAUGCAGCAGGAUCAAAGCUGUCCAUCAGACAGCACCUCUCUGGGAACCAGUUCAAAGGGCCGCUGUAGCAUGGCAACCAGAGAAAGGGAGGGAGAGAGAGAGAGAGAGAGAUCAGGAUUUACAGUACCUACACUCACCUGGAAACACCUCUUACUAUCUGCGCCUACACAACCCAUCAUGCCGUGCUCCGUACUGCCUCCAGCACCCAACACUCUCUUAAGACUGGCUUCUAAAUGGACCUGAUAUCUGUUAAUCACAUGCACAACUUUUAUCGCUCAGAGCUUAUGACGACUGGCAGCUAGUUUCACUGAUUCGCCGCUUUUCUUCGUUGAUUUUGGAUGAUCUCUCUCUGUAAAAGCUAUAAACACACACACCACUUGUAGUCCUUUAGCUGUGCUAAGCUAACGAUACGACAUGGUUCCAAGCACAGACCUGAUGAGGCCGCGGGGGCAGAAAUCUCUUCACAUGAAGGCGACAACAUGGCGGUAUCUUCACAUGUAGUACCUCCUAUAGAGACCCUAGCUCCUGUCACAUGUAUCGCCCCCUAGUGGAGUAUAACUAGCAUUAGCAUUCUAAAAGUGUUAACUAAUGUGAAACCCACUGUGACCUAGCGCCUUUUGCUCAUAAGACAAGUCUAUGGAUAAUAAAGUCUAGAGAUCACUGUUAACUUGUGUAUAUUAUGUAUAAAACCAUAGCACUACUUCAUUGUUAUUGUUGAUUUUACUUUUAUCUAUUUUGUAUUCUAGCGUGGCCAUGUGAUCAAUUCUUUUAGUUUGAAAAAAAGCACACACACAACCGGACCUUAAACAGGGUUUGCUUUUGGUAAAAAUGUUUUGUUUUUUUAUUCUUUUCCAGAUGCUAAUAUUCCUUCUCUCUGUAACCUCUGAAAAUGCAUCAAGGCCAUUCUGAAUCAAACCAUCUCCACAGGCUUAUGGAUAGAUAAUUUUCUUACUUUGUUAAAAAUUAACUAAAAUUGUAUGCUGUGUGCAUGCUCGACAAUCAUUUUCUCAGGUUGGGAGGGCUACAGCUUUACCUUUGCCCAUCUGUGACUGCGUGUGUGUGUUGGCGUGCAUGUGUGUGUGAAAGGAGACUGAAUGGUUCUCUUGCAGCUGUAGCAUCUGCCUGUGAAUCCUCUUUUUCUCUAUUGAACCCUGGUUACAACUCGGUUGAAGACUGCUGAAGGCAUUUGCUGAAUCCAUAUAAAAAGCCUUGUUCUAUUAAAAAAAAAAAAAAUCAAGGCCAAAUAGUAAACCCUAUGUUCAGUUUGGAUCGCUCCUAAUUCCUUGUUUAUCAUUUUAUAUCUCAGUAGAUGAAAAACUUUUCUUCUGUGGAUUCAGCAGGUGUGUUUAUGCGGCGCAUGUUUGUUAAAGUUUUUUUCUUAGAAUAUGAGAGAUUAAGUCUUCCCUUAGAUGUCUCCUGAAAACACUAACAUUUAAAAAAAGUAUUUCUUGAUGUCAAAAUGAACAAACACUGUUUGUCAGAGUAUUUAUUGCCAGGUGUCAGAUAGAGAUGGGAGCGCUAUCAGUAACUGUCAUAUUUUAAAUUUAUCAUAUUUACCCAAACUGUAAAGUUAUCUGAUAGGUAAGUUUAGUGACUGACAGCUCCAGCUCUCCCAUCUCUAGUGUUAUUUGUUCCAAAUUAGAACAUUUCCGAGGCUGCGCGCCAUGCACCUCUGUUCUCUCAAACAAUGGGGUCAAAAAUAAAUCAAAGUAUGGUUUUUUAAAAGUGUCCUUUUUUCUAGGAACUGAUUUGAAGCCAUGAUGCAAUUUUGAAUACUUCAUAUAUGGCAUUUGAUUUGAAAUGUGCCACAUUUUUUUUCUGCAUGGUGUUUUGAUUUGGAACCCAACUGUCUUUUUUAAACAUCUAUAGUGUUUCUUUUUUCUGCCUAUAUGCUAAAACCACAGUACAGAAUCCUAGAAUCUACAGUGUAAAAGGCAAUUCCUGUAGUAACUAGCAUGGCUGUAACUUCUUUUCAUGAAUUUCACUGAUGAGAUGAAUAUUUGGCAGGUGAAAAGAAAACAUGAAAUAGGCCACUUUUAGAAAAAUUUGGGAGAAAAUAAACAAAGUUGUC